AUGGGUGAAAUGGAGCAAUUGCGAAAGGAGGCGGACAGUCUCAAAGACCAGAUCACUGCCGCUCGUAAGGCCGGGCAGGACACCUCGCUGCAGGAGGCGGUGGCUGGGAUCACCGUGGUGGGCCGUGUCCAGUUGAAGACCAGGAAAACACUAAGGGGUCACCUUGCCAAGAUCUACGCUAUGCACUGGGGCACUGACACCGUGCUGUGUGUCAGCGCUUCGCAAGAUGGAAAACUCAUAGUGUGGGACACCAUCACCACCAACAAGGUGAACGCCAUCCCCCUCAAGUCAUCGUGGGUGAUGACGUGCGCCUACGCACCCUCGGGGAACAUGGUGGCUUGUGGUGGUCUGGACAACAUGUGCUCCAUCUACAAUCUCAAGGGCAAGGACGGGAACGUCAAGGUCAUGCGUGAGCUGGCGGCGCACACAGGUUACCUGUCCUGCUGUCGUUUCAUUAGCGACAGUGAGAUCAUCACCAGUUCUGGCGACUGCACUUGCGUACUAUGGGACAUUGAGACAGGAACCCAAAAGACGGUCUUUGCAGGACACCAGGGAGACUGCAUGUCCCUGGCUGUGUCCCCAGACUUCAAGUUUUUCAUCUCAGGGGCGUGCGACUUCACCGCCAAGCUCUGGGACAUCAGGGAGGACGCCUGCAGGCAGACCUUCUCGGGCCAUGAGAGUGACAUCAACGCAAUUGGGUUCUUCCCAAACGGUAACGCAGUAAUAACCGGGUCUGAUGACGCUACCUGCAAGUUGUACGACCUGCGAGCAGACCAGGAGCUCAUCACCUACCAGGACUCCAGCAUCAUGUGUGGGGUGACCUCCCUGGCGCCCUCCGUGUCCGGACGCCUGAUACUGGCUGGCUAUGACGACUUCAACGUCAACAUCUGGGACACGCUGAAAGCUGAGAGAGUCGGAGUGCUGGCAGGUCACGACAACAGAGUGAGCUGCAUCGGAGUGUCCACCGAUGGAAUGGCGUGUUGCACGGGGUCCUGGGACAGCUUCCUCAAGAUAUGGAACUGAGGCCGUUCCUCACCAGUGAGCAGAGAGAGAGCAGUUAGACAUCUGCCGGGAGAGAAAUUGGA